CCACUGCCAGCCAAAAACAGCUCGGAAACCAAAAACAGCCAAAAAAACAGCCCGGAAACCAAAAACAACCAAAAAAACAGCCCAGAAACAAAAAUCACGGCCCAAAACAGCCCGAAAACAGCCCAAAAAACAGACCCAACCCCAAAAACCAGUCCAAAAACACAGCCCAAAACCCAAAAAUACAGCCCAAAAACCAGCCCCAAAAGCCAGUCCAAAAAACAGCCCAGAAGCCAAAAACACAGCCCAGAAAACAGCUAAAAAACAAAAAAAAAAAGCCAAAAAAAAAUCCCAGAAACCCAAAAACACAGCCCAAAACCAGCCCAAAAACACAGCCCAAAAACACAGCCUCAACCCCAAAAACACAGCCCAAAAACCAAAAAUACAGCCCAAAAACCAAAAAUACAGCCCCAAAACCAGCCCCAAAAACCAGCCCCAAAAACACAGCCCCAAAAACAGCCAAAAAAACCCCAAAAAAAGCCAAAAAAACAGCCCAGAAACUAAAAAACACAGCCCAAAAACCAAAAAUACAGCCCAAAAAACAGCCCCAAAAACCAGCCCCAAAACCAGCCCAGAAGCCAAAAACACAGCCCAGAAAACAGCCAAAAAAACCCCAAAAAAGAGCCAAAAAACCAGCCCAGAAACCAAAAAACACAGCCUAAAACCAGCCCAAAAACCAAAAACACAGCCCAAAAACCAAAAAUACAGCCCAAAAAACAGCCCCAAACCAGCCCAAAACCAGCCCAAAACCAGCCCAAAAACCAGCCCAAAAACCAGCCCAAAAACCAGCCCAAAAACAGCCCAAAAACCGAAAACACAGCCCAAAAAACAGCCCCAAACCAGCCCCAAACCAGCCUCAACCCCAAAAACCAGCCCAAAACCAGCCCAAAAACCAGCCCAAAAACAGCCCAAAAAUCAAAAAUACAGCCCAAAAACCAGCCCAAAAAACAGCCCAAAAACCAAAAAUACAGCCCAAAAAACAGCCCCAAACCAGCCCAAAAAAUGGGCAAAAAACCAGCCCAGAAACACCAAAAGCAGAGCCCAAAAAAUCCCCCCCAAGUCCCCAAAAACACAGCCCACAGCCCAAAAAAAAACCCCAAGUCCUAAAAUCCCCAUCCUACAUCCCAAAACCUCGCCCAAACAACCCCCCAAAUCCCAAACAAGCCCCCCAAAAAAAACCCAAAGCCUAAAAAACCCCGUCCCACAUCCCAAACAAUCCCCCCCAAAUCCCAAAAA